CAACGCACUGAGCUACAACCUACAAUAGCGUAUCAUUCAUCUGGACACCUUAUUAAACACCAGAAAAGGAAACUCAGAUAUUACAAUAAAAGAACAUUUAAAAUAAUGAACUGACACAAUAAAUUUUGCUCACCACACAGAGAAACCAGCUUAUUUUCGGCGAUAACUUCCUCUUUUGGACAUUGUACCCGGGAUUUCAACCACUUAGUAUUUUUUCUAUUGCUGGCUAUCUACAGCGCUGUCGCAAAUAGGACGUGGACUUUUGAGGUAUCUGAGACGUUUUCCUUUUAGACAACUUGGAUAUAAGUGCUAUGACAGGGAAACUGGCGGAGCGGGUCCCUACGACAAUGAGCAGUUUAAUAAACACGAUUUCUGACAACCUUUACCCAGAGGAGGAAAGCCCUUCGUCGAACAUUUUCGCGAGCACGGAUUCUAUUUCGCCUUAUUCGCAGAUGAACACAGACAGCAUCAUGGAUCUGGGGCUGGGGGGGGACAAAGGGGCGGCAGACCUGCAGUACAGCUCUGGGUUCCAGUCUGUGCGUAGCGGCCAGACGGUCACAUACCUGGGGAAGUUUGCCUUUGACACGCCCUCCUCCUCGGGCGGGGGGGUCACAGGCUCCGGCUGGUGCUCGGACAGCAACAUCAUCAGCUUGGUGAGCGCAGGAGUCCUGGGGGUGUCCCAGUCACCCAGCAAUGUUAGCGCCCAGACCUCACCCGGUGGAGGGGGCGGGGGUGUGGCCAUGGGCAGCCAAGCUUCAGAGCUGGAGCAGGUGUACAGCACGGCUCUGCCCGCCUUCUCCAUCUGUGGGGACAUGUAUCAAGACCAGGUCUCCUUCAACCACAGCCCUACAGCCCCCACCACCCAGCUCCCCUACCCAAGCAGCGAUUACCACACCACCGCCAAGCCUGCUGUGGACGCCGGGCUCUUCUCGGUCAUUCCUGACUACACCCUCUUCCACCACCAAGGGGAGGUGGGCAUGAUGGAUCAGAAGCCCUUCCAAACCCAGGACCUUGGGCGUGUCAACCCCCCGCCCAUCACACCUCUGGAGACUAUCCGGGCCUUCAAGGACAAGCAGCAGGUCGCCCCAGGUUUGGCUGCUGGGCAGCAGCAGCACGGGCCCUCCCCUCCCCAGGCCCUCACGCUCCGGCCCGUGCGCCUGCGCAAGUACCCCAACCGGCCCUGCAAAACGCCCAUCCACGAGCGCCCGCACGCCUGCCCCGCGGCCAGCUGCGACCGCCGCUUCUCCCGCUCCGACGAGCUGACGCGCCACCUGCGCAUCCACACGGGCCACAAGCCCUUCCAGUGCCGCAUCUGCAUGCGCACCUUCAGCCGCAGCGACCACCUGACCACGCACAUCCGCACGCACACCGGCGAGAAGCCCUUCUCCUGCGAGUUCUGCCCCCGCAAGUUCGCCCGCAGCGACGAGCGCCGCCGGCAUGCCAAGGUGCACCUGAAGCAGAGGGAGAAGAAGGCAGCGGACACGGCCGGCGGGGGGGGCGGUGGGGGGGCUGAGGGCAUGGUGGGCAUGGCAGGAAUAGGCCACAGCUCUCCUCCCAGCUCCUGCACCAGUCAGACAAUCACAACCUGCACUUAAAAAACCUCACAUGCUUUCUUUAGGUGGCACUGGACCACAGAGGGCUGUUCUCCUUUUCUCUUGCCCCUCUAUUUCUAUCUCCUCUCUUUCACACUCCGUCUCUCUCCUCACCUAUUGUCUCUUUUUUAUCUUUGGAUAAUACCUCCAUUAAUUACAGAAGCUCAGAAAACCAAACAAGAGUCUAUAGAAGAUAUCCCUUUAGCCCCUUUAGCCCCUUUACCUUGAGUCACUGGCUGCUCUACUAACACCCACAGCUAUGGACAGCAAGAACAGCACAUUUAUAUGGGAUGAGUUGGUUUAUGUGAGAAACAUGAUCAGUGCGAUCACAUUUAGAGGUGAAUCAGUGUUUAUAUGGGAAACGGGACUAGUGUAUUACUGAACAGUAACAGUAUGUUCCCAUAAGGAACGGGAACAGUAUGUUCCUCUGUGGAAUAGCAUCAGCAUGUACCAUUUGAGAGCCAAGAGGUCCUAGUUUCUCAAGUCUAAUUAUAAAUAAAAGGAGCACAGAAAAAUGUGACCAGCCUUCACAGAGCUGCAUGAUGGCAAUACUGAGGUGUGAUAUUUCUGCCUGCUGUUGUUCAUGCGCAUAAGUCGGUUUAUCAUUUUGAACACUGUUAACGAGUGAGACUUCCAUCCAUGUUGUCAUGGUCCCAAUGUCCUACCUGAUUGGAAGCAGAAAUGCGAAAUGGAAUCGUAAAACCACAGAUAUCAUAUAUUCUGACCAGAUAUCUAUCUCCUACAUUACCUUCCACACUUCAUACAUCAUUGUCUUUAAAGUUUUGCUUGGCAACAGGGCUUUUUGAUGCUGUCUCCAUCGCUACUAUAGCUAUACGUACCUAUAUAUCUCUCUUUGGCAACAUCCCUUAUGCAUAUUCAUAAGGAACCAGCAGAUCAGUACAGUUCCAACAACAGCAGGGAAAGGGCUUCCAGUGUGAAUUUCUGAACACCUUGUCAACACACAAAACAUUUGUGGUAAGAACCAAGCUUUCUCCAUUCCUUGUUCAUUGCAGUUUGAUAUUUCUCCUAUAUGAAAUUAGAAAACAUGAGAGUUGUCUCUGAACUCAGAUACAUACCUUAGAUGAACACACUCCUUGUGAGGGAAUCACAGAAAUGGAAAAAAAACUCAAAUAAGCUGAGAAAACUGAAAACUGUUUGAAUCCCUCAAUGUUCUGUUAAAAGUAAUUAUUGGAAUAUAAUAUUCCUCAAUUAUUAUCAGUCAACCAAUCAAUAUUUACUUUAUGAAUAUUUUAUUCAAUAUUUCAAAAUGUGUUUAAAGCCAGGACAGCUGCUUUCAAACAGAUAACUUGAUGAUACCUUUCAUUAGUUUAGCCCAGGUCGUUUAAAUAGUGUACAUUAUACUAUUUAUGCAUUGCAACUGUUUUCUUAAUGUUUCUUGUUUCACAUUAAAAAUUUAAACAAAAAAAAAACAAAAAAAAUCAAAAUAAG